AUGUCUCUUGGAACUGGACUCGAGACUCUUGUAGAUCAAACAAUUUCAGUUAUCACAAAUGAUGGCCGGAAUAUAGUGGGAGUCUUAAAAGGCUUCGACCAGGCCACAAAUAUUAUCCUUGAUGAAUCUCAUGAGCGUGUUUACUCCACCAAGGCUGAUCCUAUAAGCAUUGUUGGGGAACUUGAUGAAGAGCUUGAUGCUCAUCUUGACUUGUCAAGUCUGAGAGCUCAUCCACUAAAGCCUGUCAUCCAUUGA